AUAUAUUAUUAUUGGUUAAUGGAAAAUGGUAAAUAAUUGUCAAAUGUCAAACUCUAAAAUCGCGGAUUAAUCAGGUUUGGCCACCGGUGAAAGUUUUAUUAUUUUUGUUUGUAUUUUAGCGAUGAUAAUGUAUUAAUUUUCUUAGAACUUAUAAUACAAUUAAUACCCAUAAUCUUGCAAUUAAAUUGUCAAAAUAUUUUUUUAACAUUAUAGUCGGCUUUAUUCUAAGAAAUGCAUUAAUUUAUAAAAGUAUAAAUAUAAAGUAAACAACCACAAUGACUUCCCCUCGCAUAGGCCCAAUGCCAAAUUUAGUUCAAAAUAUCAAAUAUACUGGCUCUGAUACCGAAUUCUGCACGGACAUAAAAGGAGAAAAUGUGGUAAUACAUUGUAGCGAAGGUGUUCACAGCCACGGGAGUUCCAAAGUUAAAUUGAUUGAUAGGAUAGAUUACAACUGGGAAUUUCGUUACUACCAUGGACAUUUGGUAGCCGCUCACAUUAACGGAAAAGUGAUUGCUUACGGCAUGAAAGGCAAAGAUGGUGGUAUGGUGAGAGUCACUAAUCAAGAAACCGGACACAGAGCUCUUAUAAAAAACUUGAAAGAUGAUAUCAAAGAUAUCUCGUUUGCAUUUUCCAGGGAGGAAAUUAUUUUAGGAUGUGUCGAUAGCGAAGGAAAUAUAUUAGUUUAUCAAAUUGAUGAUAAACCACUCGCAAUCACUUACACUUUACUCUUACACAUUUAUCCAUUUGAAGGAAGUAGACCGAAGACAAGUUACAGGUUGAUAUGGUGCCCGUUUUUGUCUAUAGAUGAGGAGGAUGGUGCUGAUGAUCCAGAGAAAAUGUUUGUCGUUUUAAACAGCACCAAAGUUGAUAUAUUCAAUGUGGCGAUGUUGACUGAAAAAUAUGGUAAAGGUAGUUCUCUUGAUCUUAACGAUAGUUAUGAAGGUUACAUAGAAAUAAAAUACCAGACGGAAGUAGUAGAUGCCGCAUUUUCAUCAGACGGUACUGCAAUUGCUAUAGCAUCCGCCGAUGGAUAUGUGAAAUUUUUCCAGUUAUACAUGUUUGAUGCAGAAAAACAAAAAUGUCUCCAUGAAUGGCGACCUCAUGAUGGUAGUCCGUUGUCUUCAAUUAUUUUCAUCGAUAAUGUUUUAGAAUAUAGUACGGAGUGCUGGAAAUUCACAGUAACCGGUGCCAACAAUAAUUCAGAGAUAAAACUAUGGUCGUGUGAGACUUGGACUUGCCUUCAGACAAUCCACUUCAAAUCGGACCCCAACAGCUUAAUAUCCGGUCUCUACCUCAAUAUUUCCCUCGAUUACACCGGCCAGUAUCUCGUCGUAUCAGAUAUAAACAACAGGGUGAUGUACGUCUUACAACUAGACAGAAACGACGAAAAAAAAGUCGUGCACGUCACAAUGCUAGCAGAAUUUUUACUUCCGGCUCCGUUCCUCAGUUUCCACAUACUGGAAGCAGCCAGUCGUAACGUUCCUUUCUCUUACGAUAACACCAACGACGAUUUAUACGACGAAAGAGACGAUUUCGACGAAGACGUCGAAAGGAAAAGUGUCUGCUUGAAAAUAUUAGUUAUACAACCGAAAAAAUUCCAGGAAUGUAAUAUAUCCUUUUACCCGGAGACCAUGUACCACAACACUUUGAAUAAUCCUUCGGAAAAAGUGGAGGAUAAAGGAAAACUCCCCAAAUUAGACGAUCUACAAGAAUCCGUCUCGCUAUUAAUCCAACAAAAGAGCAAUUCUAACCUCACUCUAAUGACCCCGGAUGAUUUCACCCCGGGAUGUGCCUCCAGACCGAAUAGUGUUCGAAACGAAACUUCGAAUUCUAUGGAAGCUCCUCUAUCUGAAGUGAACGACGUCGUCGUCGAAAAUCUGAUCGAUUUCCAACGACCGCAGAAGGAUAAUUUCGCCAGCGGGGGCUCCAGUCCCAGUAGAGAAGUACAAGAAAUAUUAUCGUUGAACAAUUCCAACUACGACAGUCAAGAAUUCUUCGAAAACCUACCCAAAAUGCAGGAAACGGAAAAAGAAACAAAACAAGAUUAUUCCAAACAGAAUAAUAUCAAUUAUCAAGAGAAAUUGAACAACGAUAUUGUAUGGCCAACUAUACCGAUGGUCGAAGAAAACGAAGUCAUCAAAGAUGAAGCAUUAAGGAACGAACUAAGGUUGAGUGUAAACGAAGAAAAAUCCCAGCUACAGCUGUUAGGUUAUAGAAUAAACGCUUUAGAAAAUUUAAUUCGCGAACAAAACGUACUGAUACAAAAAUUACACGAUGAAAGAUUCGAUAAAGAUGAAUAUAUCAAAGAAAUAGAAUUAACUAUGUCAAAACAACAAUUACAAAUAGCGAAAAUGUUGGAAACCUCCAAUCAACAAUCAAUCAAAACUCUAUCGGAGAAGCUACAACAAAUUAUAACGCACGAAAUUAAAAACGCCGUUUUACCUGUAGUGCAGAAUCAAAUGGAAACUUACAGGCAUCAAAUAGAGAGUCAAUAUACUCAAAAAUUGAAUCACACUGAUAUUUUGUUACGUGACAAUAUAUCUAAAGCUUUUAACAGCAAGACUUUAGCGGAUACUCUGAGUGUAUCUGUGGUAAAUAUCGUAGCUCCUAGUUUAGAAAAAUGUUAUCGUGACAUAAUUUCUUCGUCUUUAAUACCUUCAUGGGAACGUGUGUGCGGACAGAUGUUCCAACAAAUCAACGAGACGUUUACACGUGGCACUAAAGAAUAUACCGCAUCCGUGGAAAGUUAUAUGGAUAAACAGAGGAGAGUACAGGAAAAAGGAAAAGAUCUUAUCGUGCAAAUGCAAACCGUUUCUGAUACCAUGAAAACUAAUGCCGAUAAAUUAACCAGUACUCUUACUUCGGAACUACACAAACAAUUUAAUAUCGUUUUUAAAAGUAUGAAUGAUAAGCUAGUCAACAACAUUCGAGAUGUAAUAAGUGAUCAAGUGAAAGAAGGUUUUAAAAAUCACGCUACAGUUUUCGAAGACAGUGUAAUGAAUGCAGUUAGAUCCAGGGCAGUGACUCCAUCCCCGCAUGUAGACACACAUGCGAUUACGAUGAACCAAAUUCAACAUUUAUUAUUGAGGAAUAAUUACGAUGAUGCUUUCCAACUCGCAUUAAGUGCUGAAAAUUUAAGUUACGUAAUUUACGUAUGCGAAAGGGUGGAUAUCCAAACUUUAUUCGGAGACGAAUGUCUAUUACAACAAAGUUGCCUGUUAGCACUCAUCCAGCAACUCAGUGUGGAACUAAAUAAAAAUACGGAUCUCAAAUUGAGUUACAUCCGUGCCGGUUUCCUCUGCGUUCUACCCGAUUGUCCCACCACGAAAAAUUUCAUACCAAAAGUACUGAAAGAUCUGUUGAAACAGCUCAACAAUUUCUGUCAAUCGAAUCCUCCGAUGAAACAACUGAAAGAAGCUAAACUGAUUAAAAUGGCUGUGGAAAGCAUGUUGGUUAAAUGAGAAACAUUUUUUUAUUUUUGUUAUUAGUCUGUAUUUUAAUUUGUGUUUUGAGUGGCGGGUAUAUGGAAUAUUCAAUGAAAUCUUUUCUUUUUCCUUAGAAUUAUUUUGUUAGCUUACAGCAAAUUAUCAAUUUUUUCUUGAUGAAAUAGUUUUUUGGUUAAACAUAUAUUGUUACCCUGGUAUCUACAUUGUUGAUGAAAAUCUACCCCAAACAUAUUAAAGGGUUCGUUCGUUGUGUCCCUCUGGGCAUUCCAGCUUCUUUAAGUUUAUUAAAUACAUAUCGAGCUUGAAAAUCUAUGUAGUUACUCAUUUUUUUCCAUUUUUAUCACUUGAUUGAUCCAUUUUGACAUAUUAGUGGACCUAAUUGUCAAGCCCAUUGCUUCCAAGCCCAUUUUUAUUCCACCAUGUUCUUUGUACACCUAUAGUACUACUAUCUUCUUUCUUUUUCAUCGUUUCUUCGUAUUCUAUUGUUCGAUUUCUCUAUUUUGACAUAUUAGUGGAAUCAGAUUGUCAAAAUAACUUCAAUGGAUCAUUUUUUUUUGUUAUUUCAUUGAAUCUAUUAUAAUAUUUGCUUUCGUAGUACUUCCAAGCCCAUUUUUAUUCCACCAUGUUCUUUGUACACCUAUAGUACUUCUAUCUUCUUUCUUUUUCAUCGUUUCUUCGUAUUCUAUUGUUCGAUUUCUCUAUUUUUACAUAUUAGUGGAAUCAGAUUGUCAAAAUAACUUCAAUGGAUCAUUUUUUUUUUGUUAUUUCAUUGAAUCUAUUAUAAUAUUUGCUUUCGUAGUACUUCCAAGCCCAUUUUUAUUCCACCAUGUUCUUUGUACACCUAUAGUACUUCUAUCUUCUUUCUUUUUCAUCGUUUCUUCGUAUUCUAUUGUUCGAUUUCUCUAUUUUGACAUAUUAGUGGAAUCAGAUUGUCAAAAUAACUUCAAUUGAUCAUUUUUUUUUGUUAUUUCAUUGAAUCUAUUAUAAUAUUUGCUUUCGUAGUACUUCCAAGCCCAUUUUUAUUCCACCAUGUUCUUUGUACACCUAUAGUACUUCUAUCUUCUUUCUUUUUCAUCGUUUCUUCGUAUUCUAUUGUUCGAUUUCUCUAUUUUGACAUAUUAGUGGAAUCAGAUUGUCAAAAUAACUUCAAUGGAUCAUUUUUUUUUUUGUUAUUUCAUUGAAUCUAUUAUAAUAUUUGCUUUUGUAGUACUUCCAAGCCCAUUUUUAUUCCACCAUGUUCUUUGUACACCUAUAGUACUUCUAUCUUCUUUCUUUUUCAUCGUUUCUUCGUAUUCUAUUGUUCGAUUUCUCUAUUUUUACAUAUUAGUGGAAUCAGAUUGUCAAAAUAACUUCAAUUGAUCAUUUUUUUUUGUUAUUUCAUUGAAUCUAUUAUAAUAUUUGCUUUCGUAGUACUUCCAAGCCCAUUUUUAUUCCACCAUGUUCUUUGUACACCUAUAGUACUUCUAUCUUCUUUCUUUUUCAUCGUUUCUUCGUAUUCUAUUGUUCGAUUUCUCUAUUUUGACAUAUUAGUGGAAUCAGAUUGUCAAAAUAACUUCAAUGGAUCAUUUUUUUUUUGUUAUUUCAUUGAAUCUAUUAUAAUAUUUGCUUUCGUAGUACUUCCAAGCCCAUUUUUAUUCCACCAUGUUCUUUGUACACCUAUAGUACUUCUAUCUUCUUUCUUUUUCAUCGUUUCUUCGUAUUCUAUUGUUCGAUUUCUCUAUUUUGACAUAUUAGUGGAAUCAGAUUGUCAAAAUAACUUCAAUUGAUCAUUUUUUUUUGUUAUUUCAUUGAAUCUAUUAUAAUAUUUGCUUUCGUAGUACUUCCAAGCCCAUUUUUAUUCCACCAUGUUCUUUGUACACCUAUAGUACUUCUAUCUUCUUUCUUUUUCAUCGUUUCUUCGUAUUCUAUUGUUCGAUUUCUCUAUUUUGACAUAUUAGUGGAAUCAGAUUGUCAAAAUAACUUCAAUGGAUCAUUUUUUUUUUGUUAUUUCAUUGAAUCUAUUAUAAUAUUUGCUUUCGUAGUACUUCCAAGCCCAUUUUUAUUCCACCAUGUUCUUUGUACACCUAUAGUACUUCUAUCUUCUUUCUUUUUCAUCGUUUCUUCGUAUUCUAUUGUUCGAUUUCUCUAUUUUGACAUAUUAGUGGAAUCAGAUUGUCAAAAUAACUUCAAUGGAUCAUUUUUUUUUUUGUUAUUUCAUUGAAUCUAUUAUAAUAUUUGCUUUCGUAGUACUUCCAAGCCCAUUUUUAUUCCACCAUGUUCUUUGUACACCUAUAGUACUUCUAUCUUCUUUCUUUUUCAUCGUUUCUUCGUAUUCUAUUGUUCGAUUUCUCUAUUUUUACAUAUUAGUGGAAUCAGAUUGUCAAAAUAACUUCAAUUGAUCAUUUUUUUUUGUUAUUUCAUUGAAUCUAUUAUAAUAUUUGCUUUCGUAGUACUUCCAAGCCCAUUUUUAUUCCACCAUGUUCUUUGUACACCUAUAGUACUUCUAUCUUCUUUCUUUUUCAUCGUUUCUUCGUAUUCUAUUGUUCGAUUUCUCUAUUUUUACAUAUUAGUGGAAUCAGAUUGUCAAAAUAACUUCAAUGGAUCAUUUUUUUUUGUUAUUUCAUUGAAUCUAUUAUAAUAUUUGCUUUUGUAGUACUUCCAAGCCCAUUUUUAUUCCACCAUGUUCUUUGUACACCUAUAGUACUUCUAUCUUCUUUCUUUUUCAUCGUUUCUUCGUAUUCUAUUGUUCGAUUUCUCUAUUUUUACAUAUUAGUGGAAUCAGAUUGUCAAAAUAACUUCAAUGGAUCAUUUUUUUUUGUUAUUUCAUUGAAUCUAUUAUAAUAUUUGCUUUUGUAGUACUUCCAAGCCCAUUUUUAUUCCACCAUGUUCUUUGUACACCUAUAGUACUUCUAUCUUCUUUCUUUUUCAUCGUUUCUUCGUAUUCUAUUGUUCGAUUUCUCUAUUUUUACAUAUUAGUGGAAUCAGAUUGUCAAAAUAACUUCAAUUGAUCAUUUUUUUUUGUUAUUUCAUUGAAUCUAUUAUAAUAUUUGCUUUCGUAGUACUUCCAAGCCCAUUUUUAUUCCACCAUGUUCUUUGUACACCUAUAGUACUUCUAUCUUCUUUCUUUUUCAUCGUUUCUUCGUAUUCUAUUGUUCGAUUUCUCUAUUUUUACAUAUUAGUGGAAUCAGAUUGUCAAAAUAACUUCAAUGGAUCAUUUUUUUUUGUUAUUUCAUUGAAUCUAUUAUAAUAUUUGCUUUUGUAGUACUUCCAAGCCCAUUUUUAUUCCACCAUGUUCUUUGUACACCUAUAGUACUUCUAUCUUCUUUCUUUUUCAUCGUUUCUUCGUAUUCUAUUGUUCGAUUUCUCUAUUUUUACAUAUUAGUGGAAUCAGAUUGUCAAAAUAACUUCAAUGGAUCAUUUUUUUUUUUGUUAUUUCAUUGAAUCUAUUAUAAUAUUUGCUUUCGUAGUACUUCCAAGCCCAUUUUUAUUCCACCAUGUUCUUUGUACACCUAUAGUACUUCUAUCUUCUUUCUUUUUCAUCGUUUCUUCGUAUUCUAUUGUUCGAUUUCUCUAUUUUUACAUAUUAGUGGAAUCAGAUUGUCAAAAUAACUUCAAUGGAUCAUUUUUUUUUGUUAUUUCAUUGAAUCUAUUAUAAUAUUUGCUUUUGUAGUACUUCCAAGCCCAUUUUUAUUCCACCAUGUUCUUUGUACACCUAUAGUACUUCUAUCUUCUUUCUUUUUCAUCGUUUCUUCAUAUUCUAUUGUUCGAUUUCUCUAUUUUGACAUAUUAGUGGAAUCAGAUUGUCAAAAUAACUUCAAUUGAUCAUUUUUUUUUGUUAUUUCAUUGAAUCUAUUAUAAUAUUUGCUUUUGUAGUACUUCCAAGCCCAUUUUUAUUCCACCAUGUUCUUUGUACACCUAUAGUACUUCUAUCUUCUUUCUUUUUCAUCGUUUCUUCGUAUUCUAUUGUUCGAUUUCUCUAUUUUUACAUAUUAGUGGAAUAAGAUUGUCAAAAUAACUUCAAUUAUCUUCAAUUUGUGUGAAAGCCUCAAUUUUUCCAUCUUUUUCAUUGUUUCUUCAUUUCCUGUUAUUAUAUUCCUCUAUUAUGAUACAUUAGUUGACUAGAUUGUAAAUACAAGUCACAGUGGAUCUAUUUUUAGUUAUAUUUGCAUUAUUUUUCUUACGAUACCAUUUUCAAAAAUUGUUUUAUCCUGCCAUGUUCUUCAUUCAUCUUCAGAUUCAAUGAAACUUUCAUAUAUUUUCAAUAUCUUCUUUUUUCUUAAAUAAUUUGGCUUUCGUGCACUUUUUUUUGAAAUUACAGCUUCUCGAAGACUUAUAAAGACUUCAUCAAGACGAAUUAUCUUCAACUUGUGUAAAAGCCUCCAUUUUUCCUUUCUUCAAUUGUUUCUUCAUUUUCUUUUAUUAUAUUUCUCUAUUUCGAUACAUUAGUUGACCAGAUUGUAAAUACAAGCCCCAAAAGGCUCUAUUUUUUGUUAAGUUUGUAUUAUUUUUUAUACGAUACUAUUUUCAAUCCUUUUAUCAUCCUGCUAUGUUCUUCAUUCUUCUUUAGGUCAAGAAAACUCUUCCUAUUACUUGAAUAAUUUUGUAAAAUGUCCUUUUUUUGGAAUUGUAGCUUCUCGAAGACGGAUUAUCUUCAAUUUGGGUAAACUACCUUUAUUCUUUUAUUUAUUUGAUUGUUUCUUCAUUUUCUACUACUCAAAGUUCAUCUUCACGUUCAAGAAGACUCUUGUAUAUAUUUUAAUACUCAAAUAUUUUGGUUUUAGUUUUCUUUUGUACCUAUAAAUUAGUUGGGGAAAUUUUUAAUGAAAAAUCUUUUCGUAUUCUGAUAUUUUGAAUAUUUGCAGUUUUAUUUAAGAGAAAAAUAUGUUCCAUAUACACUCUACGACCUUUGUAAUUAGUUUUUAAGAUGAGUAAUUAUUUUAUCAAUUUUUUUUCUCUCAAAUAGUGUAUUACAGUUUUAUUUUUUUUUUA